GCACUGGCAAAUGAGCAGGCCUGGGAUGCGGUCAGGACUUUAGAGCUCUCAUAAGGGUACUGCAGAGGGGGCAGCCCACCUGCUUCCCAAAACUUCUAUUUCUUCAUCCUGAUCACCCUGACACACACACACACACACACACACACACACACAAAACCACCACAUGUUCCUCUGGACCAAGAGAGCAAGUUGUUCAUACUCUCCAAACAUACACCACGUCUAUCUUCAAGGGACACUUGCAGAAGACUGACAACAAGCAAAGAACUAUCUAUUAAAGCAAGAUGACAGAGCCCAGCUCCAAAAAACAAGGAUUUAAAAAAUGCCGGAGUGCCACGUUCAGCAUUGACGGGUUCAGCUUCACGAUAGUCGCAAAUGAAACAGGAGAAAGCCACCCCAGGCCUCUGGCCCGCUUUGCACGCUCCAAGUCCCAAAAUGCCUUGUGGAAUGCUAUAACAGCGGGCAUUGGGAUCAGGGACAAAGACAAGAGAGGGAUAUUAAUUGACCCACGCAGUCCUGAGGAGAUCCUCUCUGAUGAGUUGCCUGCUGUAGACAGUCCUGAUGCCAUGGAGAAGACUGCAAUCAGAUUACGAUGUCUGGUGAAACAGCUGGAGCGGGGUGAGGCCUCUGUUGUUGACCUAAAGAAGAACCUGGAGUAUGCAGCUUCUGUACUGGAGUCAGUGUACAUCGAGGAGACACGACGACUGGUGGACACAGAAGAUGAGCUCAGUGACAUACAAUCGGAUUCAGUGCCUUCAGAGGUGCGGGAUUGGCUGGCCUCCACCUUUACGAGACAGAUGGGGUUGAUGCUUAGGCGUACAGAGGAGAAGCCACGUUUCCGCAGCAUAGUCCAUGCUGUGCAGGCUGGGAUAUUUGUAGAGAGGAUGUACCGGCGGACAUCCAACAUGGUGGGAUUAAGCUAUCCGCCCAGCGUGAUCGCAGUACUAAAGCAUGUGGAUACAUGGUCAUUUGAUGUGUUUGCGCUGAAUGAUGCAAGUGGAGAUCAUGCACUGAAAUUUAUAUUUUACGAGCUCCUCACCAGAUAUGACCUGAUCAGCCGCUUCAAGAUCCCCAUCUCUGCACUGGUGUCAUUUGUAGAGGCUCUGGAAGUGGGCUACAGUAAACACAAAAACCCCUACCAUAACCUUGUCCAUGCAGCAGAUGUCACGCAGACUGUACACUACUUUUUGCUCAAAACAGGCAUGGUGCACUGGCUGACAGAGUUAGAAAUCUUCGCGAUGAUAUUUGCAGCAUCAAUACAUGAUUAUGAACACACCGGAACCACUAACAAUUUCCACAUUCAAACAAGAUCAGACACUGCAAUAUUGUACAAUGACCGUGCAGUGCAGGAGAACCAUCACGUGAGUUCUGCUUAUCGACUCUUACAGGAGGACGAUGAAAUGAAUAUUCUCUAUAACUUAUCAAAAGAUGACUGGAGAGAGUUCCGAACACUGGUAGUUGAGAUGGUUUUGGCCACAGACAUGUCCUGUCACUUCCAACAGAUCAAAGCCAUGAAGAACUUCCUUCAGCAGCCAGAGGCGAUUGACAAACCAAAGGCUUUAUCACUGUUACUGCACACGGCGGACAUUAGCCACCCUGCCAAAAAGUGGGAUUUGCAUCACCGCUGGACCACAUCCCUGCUGGAGGAGUUCUUCAGACAGGGGGAUAAAGAGGCAGAACUGGGCCUUGCUUUCUCUCCUCUUUGUGACCGCAAGUCCACCAUGGUGGCCCAGUCUCAGAUUGGCUUUAUUGACUUCAUUGUGGAGCCCACGUUCACUGUGCUGUCAGACAUGGCAGAGAAAAUAGUGACUCCACUCAUUGACGAGGCGUCACGCUCAGGGCUGGCCAGCUUCAGACGCUCCAGCCUGAAUAACAUCCCAUCUGAUGGCAAGAGGACCAAUGUGAAGAGCACUGGCUCAGAAGGCAGCACCGCUCACAACUGCUCCCUGCUUAGCGUUGACUUCAAGAAUUUCAAGGGUACCUGGAAUGAAGAAGUGCAACAGAACAGAGAGAAGUGGAAAACUCGGGCAGCCAAAGAGGAGAAGGCCAAAAAGGAGGAAGAAGAGAAGGCCAAUGAGAAAGAGGCUGAUACGAAACAGGACACAAGUGAAGAGAAAACGGACACCACACAGGACAAAGACAAGACUGAGAAAGACCCAAAAGACAAAUCACCAAACAAAGACAAGAAAGAUUCAUCAUUCGCAGAAUAUAACAAAGUCAGCAAAGAGAGGGUCACAAAACCAGAGCCAGCAGACUCCACCAAGGCCAAAGUGGAUAAGAAAGAGCCCACAGAACAGCAACCCAAAGAGGUGGAGGGCAAUAAGGACCCAGGGGGAGUGAAUGGAACAAAACCAGAGGCUGCUAACGAGCAGGAGGAUGCAAAAGAGCCGGACACCAGCAGUGAUACAGACAAUAGCCAGCAAGUUCAAAAUGGGGAAGAGGUGGACUUACCCAACAGUGACGACAGUGACACAAAGAGCUCCGAUGAUGCAGACAAGGAGCACAGCACUCAUGAAAGUUCAGCCACCUCCCUAGUAGCCAGUGCUGCAGCUGCCUCCACGCCUGAUGCACACUAACCACUCUUUCAUUUCUCAACAAGGACUCCAUCUGCUGGGCAACACUCUCACUCCUGCACAAUGGCACCAUCUGGUGUCUGCUUUGAUAUUUAUAGAACUGUUUUGUUUUUUUUUUCUUGUUUUCUUGUCUCUUGGAUUUCUUUUGCAAAUAGACUUUCCUUUUUUUUUUACUUUUAUAAUUUUCCUUUUGUUGCCUGAUACUCUCCUGCUUUUACUGAUAUGUUUUUAUGGCUUAAUUGUCAGGCUUUGAUAUUGCAGUGAAACCCAGAAAGGGGUGCAGCAUGGAGACCUUGCCCUAGAGUUAACCCAAUACAGGGUCAUAUUAGCCCAGUGGGCGUUGCCAUAGAGGCACGGAGCGUCUAUUAGCACUGCAGCCAGAAGGGAGCAUAUGGCAGUAUGGCCAUUGUAGUAUCCUCUCCAGCUGAGCUCUCCCUAGAGAUGAUGUACGCACGCUUAUAUACACACACACAAACACGCAAACACAUAUAGCUGACUGCCGAGCCUAUAAAGCUGCACAUGUUGCAGAGCUGUCCAGACAUUGCCAGAGAUGGGAACAGGCACACACACAGCCUAGAACUGACACACAGCCAGCUGAACUUGGCUUUGUUUCCCAAUGGAAUGCUCUUCCUGUGACAGAACCCAGAGCUGAGUGCACAUUUGUGUGGAAAAACAAGCUGAAGAAUGUCUGCUUAAAUUUGUUUUGUUGUUAUUCUCUGUAAAUAACUACCUGGUUGAUAUGCAUUGUGUCCUGUACAAUAUGCUGGUCAGGACUUCACUAGCUCUCAGUUGACAAUAGCAGUAUUCAGUAAAUGUGCGUUCUUGUUAACGCUUUUAUUUACUGCACGUUUGCUGAUUGAUAUGACAUCUGUUGUCUGAUGAAACAGUAAAUUUUGCCUGUAUAAUGUCGCUUUGGUCAUAGAACACAUUUUUUUGUUUAUUUUAUUUGUCCAUAAAUCAGUUCUAAGUGCUUAAAUUGUAAUAAGCUCAGUGUGAAAGACUAAAAAUGUGUAAAUCUGAUAAAUGCCAUUUGGUUGACAUUUCUAUUUUGCCAAAAUAAUGUAGAUUUGUGUGGUACAAUAUAUUCCUGUGAACAUAAAAAUUAAAAAAGGGAAAAGAUAUUUAAAUAUAUAAUGCAGGGCAGUCUAACCUCAUAAUCUAAUGACCAAACUUGUGGCCAUGUGUCCAUUUCUCCAGUAUAGAACGCUGCACUUGUAACUCUAGACACUGUACACGCUGCAGUGCCAGCUUAGGAACAACACUGCUCUAUGCCUCACUGUUAAAAAUUUCAGUUGAUCAGAACUUGUAAUAUAGUAUAUGUACUUUCUGAUUUGAACAGUCAGUUGAAUUUUUCAGGCAUUCUGUAUAUAAUUACUGUAUAUAAAUAAGAAAAUAUUAUUUAUAACCAGUUGUGUACAGAUACAGUCAGUAGACUGAUGACUGCAAUCAGCAGUGAACAUUAGACUUAUUAAGAUGUGGAAAGUCAGCAUCAUUUUAAGUUAACCAAGUUAUUUUGAUUGAAGUGUAUUAUAGAAGGGAUAACAUUUUUUAUUUUUCAUAUGUCUGGAGUUGCUUCUCCAGCUUUUCUCAGACUGUUUUAUCUUACAAAUGAUGAAAAAAAAAAAAUCAUGCCACUUCCUUUGAUGCACUUAAUUAAAUUCUUAAGUAUAUGAGCCACCACAACUUCUAAGUAGUUAUUCCCUAGAUAGUUAUUCCCAAGCCAUAAUAAUUCUGUGAGUUUAUGUAUUUUGUAAAGUCUAACAUUCCCUAUUAACUACUUUUUGACUGGAUACUAUAUGGAGGAUAUUGUCUAUUAGGAACAAUUUUCAAAUUGCAAGUGAUAAAGGUGAAUGUAAUCAAAAGCACAUACUCACUGUGCUGCACAUCAAGUAAAAUUCCACCAGAAAUAAUAAAGAGCAUCUUUUAUUUUUUUAUUUUAUUUAAUUUUAUUUUUAUUUGGUGUUGUAUGUUAAAUAGUCAACUAACUCACUGUGUAAAAUGUUAUUGCUGCCUUUACCAAAGAGAUAAAUAAAUAGAUUUAUUUUGUAGAUUAAUUCUUUGUCCCUUAGCACAACCCAUUAGAGAAGAAAAUGAGUCAUGAGAUACUGUGCUAAUUGUUUUUAUGAGGUUUAUUAUGCUUAACAAUAAUUGCUGCCUUAAAUUCAUUUUAUUAUACCACUGAUGUGUGAUCCUUCAAAACCUCAGUGUAGUAUCAGGUGUUUAUUUUCAGUUUCUUGUGGAAAGAUUUUUUUUUUUUUCACAAGAAUGUAUGCUAAAUGUCAGUCCUUGUAUGCCAAUCAUUAUUUGUAUCAAUUGUGUGUUAUGAGACAAAUAUUUAGUCUAUUUUCUAUUUGUGUAGUGUUCAGUGAAAAGCAGGCAAUCAUGCAUCAAAACAGUCACCAAGUUAACCUUAUUCUGUCUCUGACCAUCUGUAAAUGGACUGUUUUAAGCAACGUAGUAAGCAUACAUCAAAUUGUUCUUCAUGGUUAUGCUGAUAUUAAAUGUGAGUGAAUUCAUUUUUCCUCAUAUCCUGUCACCAGCAAGCUCAGUAGGCUGAUGCAGAGCUGGGCAUGGCAUUAUAACCUGUUGACAACAGUACUGUACAAAAGUAUUAGGCACAUGUUAAGAAAGUCUGUGUUGUGAAGAUGCUUUCAAAAUAAUUACAUUUUUAAAAUUACAUAUGAAAUUAAACACUGUAAACAGAAAAAUAUGGGCAUGACCACUCUUUACCAUUUAAAACAGCAUCAAUUCUCUUAGGUCAUGUGUUUUUCUAAGGAAAAUGGCUGGUUACUGAGUUCAAGCAUGUUGGAGAACUUGCCAUGACUCUUUUGUAGACUUUGCCUGUCUCAUUUUCUUCUGGGACAGGAGAAUCCUCUGAUGUUUUUAUCUGAAAAGUGGUCUGUUAGUUAAAAUGCUCCUUUCUUUAAUGAAAAAAUGGCAACAUUUUCCCUGUAUUCCUGAAUUUUUUGGAAAAUCCAUUUUUGGUCUUUUCUAUUGACACACUAAAGCGGAGAAUGUAAAAUAAUCAGAAAAUAAAGAAUGCCUGCAAGACUUUUGCACAAUACUGUAAACACAUGCCUAGAGUUGCUAAUACAAUCCAAAUGGCUGUUAUAUUAUGUUUUCCUUUGACAUUAAAGGUCACUUUGAGAGUACUGUUGUCCUCAGGGGUGAGAGGACAGAUAGACCUGUUAACUGCAAAGCAUGUGAAGUAUUUUUCUUUUUCCUUACUAACCACUCACCUCAUCAGGUAUCAGCUGUGACAUGCAGUGUGCAGUGAAAUAUUCUCAGUAGAAUACAGCAGUAAAUAUGGUACAGUGAAAUAUUGCCUUAAUGAAUUUGUUUUUAGUUUUGCUGCUUUAUAAUAGCAAACUGCCAGGUGUUUAGAUCAGUUAUGAAGUCAUGUCUUUCAACCUCUAUGUUUCUGUCAUGGUGUUGUCUGGUUUUCACUUCUUUGGAAUUUGUACUGACAAAAUGAUUAUAGGCGUAAUAAUAAUAAUAAUAAUAAUAAUAAUAAUAAUAAUAAUAAUAAUAUAUGAUCUUACUGGUAAAAGUGAAAUGUGAAUUCAUAGAUUAUCAGGAUCAGAUUUGUUUAAGUAAUCUCAGUGACAUCCCCUGCAGGUUGUCUUAUGUACUGCAUCAGAAACCAUGAAAAUCUGUUUUCAUGUUGUUUUUUUAUGUUCAUUUUUGUGCACUCUUCCCAAAGCAUAAGCCAUAUAAUGAUCUAAUUAUAUGUAUCCUUUGCAAAUUUGACAUAUUUAGACUCCACACUAAUGUCCUGUUCAAACCUCUUUUUUUUCUUUCCAAAUGGGGGAAACAAUCACAAACCAAGAGAGACACAUGGUGGUGCGUUCCUGUUUGUUUCAGAUGCUCCAUUAUUGCACUGUUGUGCCAAUAAAUCUAAACUCAAAGGGCUCA